AUGUCUGGAGGCCCAUUUUCAGCCAACACCAAGACCAACCCCAAGGAGCGUUGCCAAGCAAUAACAACAAGAAGUGGGAAGGUAGUUGGUGGAUAUGUUGGAGUGAGUGAGAACAAUGAAAAGAAAGAAAAUGUUGAAUUAAGGGAGGUUGAGGAAGAGAUUGAGAAGAAUGAAGAGGAAAGAAAUAAAAAUGAGAGUAAAGAAAAAGAAAGACAGUUCCUGACAUUUUUAGAUAUCAUAAAGAAGCUCCAGAUUAAUAUUCCCUUCACUGAAGCCAUGGAGCAAAUGCCCACUUAUGCUAGGUUCAUGAAGGAAUUGUUAACUAAGAAGAGAAAAGUCCUUGAAGAAGAGACUGUGGAGCUCGAGGUAGGAUGCAGUGCUAUUAUACAGAAGACUCUACGUCAGAAGUCCAGAGAUCCUGGCAGUUUCACUCUCCUAGUGUCAAUUGGUAAUUUAUCAGUGGGUAAGGCACUGUUAGACCUUGGAGCCAGUAUUAAUUUGAUGCCUUUAUCCAUGCUGAAGAAGAUAGGAGAAGUGGAAGUAAGACCUACAAGAAUGACCUUGCAAUUGGCAAGCAGAUCAAUCAAGCUUCCACAUGGUAUAGUGGAAGAUAUGAUAGUGAAGGUUGAUAAGUUCAUGUUUCCUGUUGAUUUUGUAGUCAUGGACAUGGAGGAGGAUGUGGAAGUUCCUUUGAUUCUAGGCAGACCUUUUAUGAAAACAGAUCAGGUUAUCAUAGACAUGGAUGAUGGAAAGCUGAAUGUGAGAGUUCAAGAUGAAGAGGUGAAUUUCAAUGUCUUUGAAGUAAUGAAGUUUCCCAAGGGCAAUAAAGAUUGUUUCAGAAUUGAUGUAUUAGAUGACGUGUAUCUGGAAACUCAAAGCAAUUUCAAGAAUGUCUCACCAUUGGAGAAAGCUUUGUUUAUGUUUGAUGAAGAGUUGGAUAAAGUCAUAGAUAAGGAAGUCCAGGAUGUGGUUGAUGCAUUGAAUAAAGGUGAAAGCUCAUCAACCAAUGUUCAGUCAAAGGAAGAAUUGAAGAUGGAAGAAAAAGAUCAGACAGUGAAGCUGGAAUUGAAACAAUUGCCACCACAAUUAAAGUAUGUCUUCUUAGAAGAAAAUGGUGGGAAGCCAAUCAUAAUCAGUAGCCAGCUUUCAAAAGAGCAAGAGGAUAAAUUGAUUCAAGUGAUAAAAGCCAAUGAAGGUGCUAUUGGUUGGACUUUGAAAGGGAUUAGUCUGUCUUAUUGUAUGCACACACUACUUGAGAAAGAGGUGGUGAGAAAAGAGAUGACCAAGCUACUUGAGGCUGGUAUGAUUUAUCCUAUUUCUGACAGUGCUUGGGUUAGUCAUGUUUAG